GAGCGAGGCGGAAGUCGAGGGGCCCCCCGGGUGGAAGUGACGCUGCCCCCGCUGCCCAAAAUGUCGGCGCCCAGAGGGAGGUAGAGAGCGCCCACCGGCCGCUACACCCCGCCGCCAUGGACGACGCCCCGCUACCCGCACCCCCGGCGGCCCCCGCCCCGGCCCCGCCCGCCGCCCCCCGCGUCCCGUUUCACUGCAGUGAAUGCGGCAAGAGCUUCCGCUACCGCUCGGACCUGCGGCGCCACUUCGCGCGCCACACGGCGCUCAAGCCCCACGCGUGUCCGCGCUGCGGAAAGGGCUUCAAACACAGCUUCAACCUGGCCAACCACCUGCGCUCGCACACCGGGGAGCGGCCCUACCGCUGCUCCGCCUGCCCCAAGGGCUUCCGGGACUCCACCGGCCUGCUGCACCACCAGGUGGUGCACACCGGCGAGAAGCCCUACUGCUGCCUGGUCUGCGAGCUCCGCUUCUCCUCGCGCUCCAGCCUCGGCCGCCACCUCAAGCGCCAGCACCGCGGGGUGCUCCCGUCCCCGCUGCAGCCCGGCUCGGGCCUGCCCGCCCUGAGCGCGCCCUGCUCGGUCUGCUGCAACGUGGGACCCUGCUCCGUGUGCGGGGGCGCCGCGGCGGGCAGCGCCGAGGGCCUGGAGGGGGCGGGCGCCGGCGGCUGGGGCUUGGCCGAAGCGGCCGCCGCGGCCGCCGCCUCCUUGCCCCCGUUUGCCUGCGGGGCCUGCGCGCGGCGCUUCGACCACGGCCGCGAGCUGGCGGCCCACUGGGCCGUGCACACCGACGUGAAGCCCUUCAAGUGCCCGCGCUGCGAGCGCGACUUCAACGCGCCCGCGCUGCUGGAGCGGCACAAGCUGACGCACGACCUGCAGGGGCCCGGCGCGCCCCCGGCGCAGGCCUGGGGCGAGGGAGCCGCGGCGGAGGCGGGCGCCGCGCCUCCGGCCAGGGACGGCGGGCUGCUCCUGGGCCCCGCGCGGGGCGGCGUGCCCGAGCUGGGGGGGCUCCCGGAGGGCGGCGGGGAGGCGGCGGCGGCCGAACCGUCGGAAGACACGCUGUACCAGUGCGACUGCGGCACCUUCUUCGCGUCGGCCGCCGCGCUGGCCGGCCACCUGGAGGCGCACUCCGGCCCCGCCACCUACGGCUGCGGCCACUGCGGGGCGCUGUACGCGGCGCUGGCCGCCCUGGAGGAGCACCGGCGGGUCAGCCACGGCGAGGGCGGCGGGGCCGAGGCGGCCGCGACUGCGGCCCCGCCGGGGGACGGCGCGCCCGGGGAGCCCGCGUCGAGCUCGGGCCGCGGCAAGAAGAUCUUCGGCUGCUCCGAGUGCGAGAAGCUGUUCCGCUCGCCGCGCGACCUGGAGCGGCACGUGCUGGUGCACACGGGCGAGAAGCCGUUCCCGUGCCUGGAGUGCGGCAAGUUCUUCCGCCACGAGUGCUACCUGAAGCGCCACCGGCUGCUGCACGGCACCGAGCGGCCCUUCCCCUGCCACGUCUGCGGCAAGGGCUUCAUCACGCUCAGCAACCUCUCCAGGCACCUGAAGCUCCACCGGGGCAUGGACUGAGGGCGGCCCGCCGCGCCGGGGCACCUGCGGACCCACACACAGCCGCGGGCGUCCACAAGCUGCUGUCGGCUUGCGGGCCCUAGGACAGAGGCAGGCACCGCCCAGGGAACACUGCCCCGCUCCCGAAGAGCCAUGAUUCCCGAUGACCCUGAUCUGGGGAAUGUGGGUUGGGUGGGCGGGACAUGUCCCAAGACUCCCCUCCAGAAGCUACCCCCCAGAAUCGCUGGUGCCCCCCAGGAAGUGGAUACAGCCGAGUCUGCCUUCCGCACCCCCUCCAUUCCAGUCCCUGAGCUGAUGAGGACCAGGGUGGGCCGCCCUGCGCUGAGCUCCCCCUCCCUACUGCGGAGUGGAUCGACCCGGCCAUCUCCCAUCCCUGACACUAGAAUAGACUGGUAUAGGCUGGUCCGAGAUACCCUGCCCCACGCCCCGUAGGAUGGACUGACCCAGGUGCACACACGCCUGUCCACUCGGAAUGGGCAGGUCCGGGCCGUGGCCUGCGCCCCGCGCCCCCUCCCCGGCGUGAGAAGGGCAGCCGCGCCCUCUCCUGUGCCGCGUGGGCAGGUGCACAUUCCCCGGCCCGCACGAACUCAGUAGAGCGAGGUGGUGACUGCGUGCCCAGUCUGUCUCUCCAUCUCCGUCGGUCUGUCUGUGUCUGCGUUCCUCCCAAUCCCAAGGGGGGGGGGCUUGGCGAGGGGGUCCUCGCCCUGAUCCUCAACCUCGUCCCCUCUUUCCAUCCCCCGAUGUUUCCAGGACCCCAAUAAACCUCGUCCU